AACAUGUCCUGUUUUCUCAUAUUAAAAUUGGUGUGGGUUUAUAGCGUGUUAAAGGAGUAUUCAGGGUAUUAGCUGUAAUUGGGGAGGACAGUAACUUAGGAGAUAAGAAGACUGGAUGGAGCACACGCUUUGAUGUGGAGGAUCCGAGGUCUAAAGUCCCUCAAUGUAAAGGAAAGUUUUCGGAUGUGAACCAAGCGCUUGAAGUAGCUAGGUACGAUAUUCAGUACUGUGAUCAGAAGGCUCAACAAGAUGUGCUCUCAAUUAUGCCAUGAGAAGGUCUCUGCUAUUCCUGGCCUUUCUUGACUAAAUAGAGUUUUUCUACUACCGUUUGAUUCUUAACAUUGUGCAGGUAUUACAUUUAUUUAUCUUCAUAAAUUAUGUGGAUAUGACUAACAAAAGCAGAAUAUUCUCAGAACUUGAAUAACAGUGAUAACUGGGCUGAUUUUGUCUUGGCACUAUCCUGAACAUUUGGGAGUUCUGAUUGCUUCCUUCAGAUAAUACGCACUUUUUUUGACAAUUAUGUAGGUUGUUAAAGUUCUAAAUCCUCAGGCACGUGAUUACAUGUCCAUUGGCACAAUGAGGAAAGAGCUUGCUGAGUUACAAGAAGAACUAUCUCUGGCUCAUAAUCAGGUUCAUAUAUCUGAAGCAAGGGUUGCCACUGCUUUGGAGAAACUAGCUCACAUGGAAGCAUUGGUUAAUGAUAGGCUGUUACAAGAUAGAUACACCUCAGAAUCUGAUCAAAGUUACUGUUGUGCUUGUACUUCUAUGCAAUUGCUGGAUACCACUAUAGCAAAGUUGCCCCAGAAAAGGUUGAAUGUCUCCGGUCCAGUUCAAUCUUAUCAUUCCCUAUUGAAAAACUUCUGGUAUGCAGUUGCUUUCUCCUCCGAUCUCAAGGAUGAUACCACGGCAAGUCUUUCAAAAUUAUGAUUUUAAGGGAAUUAAAUAUUUGAUCUGCGAAUUUCAUAUCCUAAAACUACCAAGAUCGUCUUCUGCUGAACUGAAGCAAGUUGAAUGACUGGGGUUCCACUUUCUUUGUUUUAUGUCAUCAAAUAUUUAAUUUUUACAAUAGCUGCGUUACUGAACUGAAGCAAGAUUUGAUCUGGAGAUAGAUCCGACCCGCCCGUGAAUAUGAGGGUCUAUUAGUCGCCUAAAAAGUUAUACCCACUCGUGAAUUAUGUAGAUCCGACCCGAACACCUGAGUAUCCGUUUUGAUCCGGAGAAAAAUUU